AUGACUAGUACACUACACAGAACAAAGAAAGUGCUCUCCAUCCAAUCGCAUGUCAUUCACGGCUACGUGGGGAAUAAAGCCGCUACAUUCCCACUUCAGUACAGAGGUUGGGACGUGGACGUACUAAACACGGUUCAGUUUUCCAACCAUCCAGGUUACGCUCACUUCACUGGGUUCAAGUGCAGCACGGAGGAGCUGGUAGAAAUUGUAGAGAAAGGAUUGAUCGGGGCGCUUGGUAUCAAGUAUGAUGCCGUACUCACUGGCUAUUUUCCCAAUGUACAAGCCCUGCAGAAAAUGGCAGGAAUAGUGGGACAAAUGUGUGACGAGGACGAAAAUGUCCAGUGGGUCUUGGACCCUGUGCUGGGUGACAACGGAAGACUAUACGUGGAUGAAAAAUGUGUUGCAGUGUACCGAGACAUUCUACAAAGCUCUAAGAUCUUCCUAGCAACACCAAACCAGUUCGAGAUGGAAUUACUUGUGGGAAUGCCAGUCCGUACAUUAGAAGAUACUAAGCGCGCUUUUGAACUCUUCCAUGAAAGGUACCCUCGAGUGACUCGAGUAGUUGUUACCAGCCUGGAAUUGUCUGAAUUCUCGAACGAUAACGUGUACGUGGUAGCAGGGUUUGAUUCCUCUCUUGGUGACGAAGUAUUCUUUUACAAAAUUCCCAAGAUCAACGCAACGUUUAGUGGCAGCGGCGACUUGAUCACCGCUAUGCUCACUGACUCGUUGCUGAACGAUCACGGCCGCACCCAGCAACCACUGAGCACGUCCCUGGGUCAAGCUUUGUGGCUCGUAACCAGUAUUCUACAGAAGACGUACGAUUUGAACGUCGCUAACCAAGGUCCACACGAUUCGGCUAUAAGCAUCAAAGAUUUAAAGCUUAUCCAGUCCAGAGACAUUUUGAAACAAGAUCCGGUACCAUCAAUGGGCAAACCAGACACCAUAAAUAUAUAA